AUGGUAACGUUAAUGUUGACAUCUGUCCGGUACUAAUACAUCUAUAGCCUCCAAAUUUUUUUGUUUUUAACUACUGGAAGGGUUAUGUAGGCAUUGUUUAGCAUUUUAUAACCUUUCUCAGCGUAUAUUGGAAAUUUUAUAUAUAAUUAUUACAUAUGCCUUUUCAAUGGUUCCAGAGAGGGUUUUAAAAUUUUGAUUUUUACUUGUUUUUAUUAUUAGACGAAAAUGAUGCUAUCAUAGAUCAUUCCUUUUCAUUCAAAAAUAUGGAUGAUUUAGAAAGUAUUUCUCUUCACGUUGCGGAAUUUAUUAAAGGGCGCUUGUAUUUUGCAACUUUGCAAACACCUAUAAAACCACGUUCCAAUGCAAGUACCCAUUUCUUUUCCAUUGACUCGGAAUUGGUCUAUGAAAGCUUUUACUCAGAUUUUGGACCUUUAAAUCUUGCCAAACUCUACCGAUAUUGCUGCAAGCUGAAUAAGAAGUUAAAAUCUUACUCCCUAUCUAAAAAGAAGAUAGUGCACUACACAACUUCAGAUCCUAGAAAACGAGUUAAUGCUGCAUUUUUGAUUGGGUCAUAUGCGAUAAUAUAUUUGAAGAAAUCACCAGUAGAAGCAUAUCAGCCCCUUGUAAGCAACAACAGUCCUAUGUUUAUUCCUUUCAGGGAUGCUUCAUUCAGUCAUUGCACUUACAACUUAACUCUAUCAGACUGUCUUCAUGCUGUGAGCAAGGCUUUGGAAAAUGGUUUCUUGGAUUUUGAAAAUUUUGAUGUUGAAGAUUAUGAACACUAUGAGAAAGUUGAAAAUGGAGAUCUGAACUGGGUUGUUCCAAAUAAAUUUCUGGCCUUCUGUGGACCACAUGCUAAAAGCAAAAAUGAAAAUGGUUAUCCACUUCAUUCACCAGAAUCCUAUAUUUCAUAUUUUCGGAAACAUAAUGUUACUACAGUUGUAAGAUUGAAUAAGAAGGUAUACGAUGCGAGCCGUUUUUCCAGCCAUGGCUUUACCCACAAGGAUUUGUUUUUUGUCGAUGGCAGCACUCCAAGUGAUAAAAUAAUGCAGGAAUUUCUAGAAAUAGCUGAAAAUGCAAAAGGUGCUAUUGCUGUUCACUGUAAAGCUGGGCUUGGUAGAACUGGCACUUUGAUUGCAUGCUAUAUAAUGAAACAUCAUCACUUCACUGCAGCUGAAGCUAUUGCUUGGAUACGGAUAUGUCGACCAGGUUCCAUAAUUGGACAUCAGCAGCAUUGGCUGGAAGAAAAGCAGGGCUUGCUUUGUUAUCAGGGAAAUAUAUUCAGAGCUGAAAAAGCCAAUUGUAAAAACAAUAACUUCACACCCACAAGAAUACUGACAAGAUCUGCGAGGAAAAAAGAUACUGAUGUUUCACAAAUAGUGUCAAAAGUGGACCAAAUUCGCCUUGAUGAUAAAAAAGGAAUCAUUGAUAUAUCAUCCAGGAGCAGAAAAGAAAAAGCUUUACAAAAUGGAGGUCUUGGUGGAAACAACAAUGAUAGCAAUAAUAACAACAAUGUGGAAUCUGAAGAUACAGUUACUCAAGGGGAUAAAUUGAACAGAAUCAAAGCUAUGAGACGACAGCCUCGAUCGCAUACAACUGGUGGCAUGAGCCUGGACAAUUUGAAGCCUCAUCCUAGAUCCUCUUCACAGCCUUUUAAAUCAAUGACAGCCAGUUCAGCUGCUUACCAUGCCACAUAUGUUUCUCCUCUAAAGCCUCUGAGAGCUCCUCCAAGUUCACCUCCCUCUGCAGAAAGUUCUAACAGCGCUUCCCAGCUCUCACCUAUUCGACGGCCUCAUAAACAGCCUGUGCCUGGCAGCUCUCCUUCAAAAAGACGUACUUGGCGACACCUAAUAUCAUCGCCAGGAAAUUCUUCUCAGUCACCCAAGUGGGACAUUAACACUUUCCUCACUACUAACAACUUCUCUCCUCCAUCAACUUCUUUGUCUAACUCUUCUGCCAUCAAUGGGAACAAUGCACCUCUUUCUGCUCCCUCUAUCUUUUCUCAGGCGUUGCGACCUUCCAGUAAUGAUGAUGCACGUCACAAUAGCGCUCCAGAACCACCUCCUAAAAAUGCAAAUAACAGUUCUAUAUCAAGAUGACAGAAGGCUAAAACUGACUCGAUGGGAACAAAAGCAAAUCUCACCGAGAAAAAUUUGAUGAAAAAAGAUGUGUCACUAAAAAGGUCAUCAUCAUCCUUGUUUUUAUAUCCCACAGCUAAGAAGAGGCAUUCUAAUCCUAGCUUGUCGACUCCUCUGACUCGGUCUCACUGCCGCAAAACAAAAGAAACCUGCUGUUGUGAAUUAAUAUGGAAAAAAAGCAUAUCAUAAUAAAAUUGUUAAGCUGUUUUAUAUUUUAUAGAAAAUAUACUAUUUGUUUUCAAUUAAAAAGCACUCAAUUCGUACAAUCAAGGAAUAAUAUAUUUCUGUCACAAAAACAAACUAUUUUAACAAAAUUAAUUUAUAAAAAUUAUUGUUGUGUAUAUUUAAAACCUUAAAUAAUUGUUGUAAAUGUUCCAUGGAUGCAUGCUGCUAAUGUAUGCAAAAUUAUUGAGUGUCUUAAAAAAAUUAUUCUCUUUUUAAUAUAAGUGUUAUAAAUAUUUUGCCAGUCUUCUACAAAUAGGGGUAACUUAUACUAAUUUUAAAAGAAACAUGGAUAACUAGGUAUAGACUUAAAUGUUGUAAAAUUGUGUUGUGUGUGUUUGUUGAUGUAAUGUUGAGACCAUUAUUGUAAUGUAUUUGGUGUGGUUGUUAAAUAUAUAUAUUAAAUAUAUGUUGCUAUAAAAGUUGAUAUGUUUUUUAACAUGAAAUAAUUUUUUGAAAGUUGGGGGGUAUAAAGUAUCAUUAAAGUUAUAUAUUUUAUGUUAUAAUGGUUGCUAAGUAAUGUUUUUAAUUUUACAACUUAGAAUAAUGGAUAAUUUUAAGUUAAUUUUUUUUUUUUCACUUUGUGAUUUAUUUGUAUGUUGAUGUCUUUUAUUUCAUUACAACAAAAAUGUUUUCAGUAAAUAGGAUUUUUAUGAAAAAUCGUAUAAAAUUAUUUACUGGUUUUUAUGUAUGUUUUUUGACCAUUAUUUUAGAAAUUUUUACACUUCCUCCAAUUUA